AUGGCGGUACAGAAACCAUUACGCAAACUCAAACUCAAACAGACACCGUUACUGAAAAUGGCGGUACAGAAACCAUUACUCAAACUCAAACGAAUACAGUCACCGUUACUGAAAAUGGCGCUCCCAAUUGCUGUAUUCAAAAUGGUAAUGCUUGUACACAAAAUGCAGAUUGCUGCAGUAACAUUUGUUAUGGGGCUAUAUGCGUUGCAAGUAUUCCCAAGAUAA